GGGGUCCGCGGCCUCCCGGGGCGUCUCCGGGACCCUGCGCGCGGCACGUGCCCGCGGGGCUGGGGCACCGCCCCCUCCGCCUCCCCCUGCCCCCUCCUCUCCCCGCCUCCCGGUCUCCCCCUUUGUCCUGGGGCCACCGGGGCGCUCUUUCCGUCCCGGGACGGCCCGCCGCCCACAGCCGGAGUCCUUGCACUGGCCGCCCCCCUCCUCCGCCUCCCGCCGGGAACCCCCGUCUCCUCUCGAGGCUCCGCCUCCGGUCCCGCCCCCACCCGUGGGCCGCGCGGGCGCGCGGAUCGUGGGUGGGUUUUGUUUUGCGGCUUCAGGUCAAGGAACAAAGGGCGCGGCCCCCUCAGACCGGGAGCCGGUUCUCGCAGCCUGUGCGCCCGAGCAGCCCCGCACCCAUGGAGGGGGCGGCCCCCGAGUCACCCUGGCCCCCUGGGAUCUGCGCCGGCCGCUGCCCCGGGCCUUGCACCCACGCUGCACCCUGACCCCCUGUACCCGCAGAUCCGGGCCAUGGCGCGCUGCCACUACAACGAGUCGGUCGGCUUCUUCUACAACAACAGCGGCAAGGAGCUCAGCCCCCACUGGCGGCCCAAGGACGUGGUGGUGGUGGCGCUGGGGCUGACGGUCAGCGCGCUGGUGCUGCUCACCAACCUGCUGGUCAUCGCAGCCAUCGCCGCCAACCGCCGCUUCCACCAGCCCAUCUACUACCUGCUGGGCAACCUGGCAGCUGCCGACCUCUUCGCGGGCGUGGCCUACCUCUUCCUCAUGUUCCACACCGGCCCACGCACCGCCCGGCUCUCGCUCGACGGCUGGUUCCUGCGGCAGGGCCUGCUGGACACCAGCCUGACGGCCUCGGUGGCCACGCUGCUGGCCAUCGCCGUAGAGCGGCACCGCAGCGUCAUGGCCGUGCAGCUGCACAGCCGCCUGCCCCGCGGCCGCGUUCUGCUACUCAUCAUGGGCGUGUGGGUGGCCGCGCUAGGCCUGGGGCUGCUGCCAGCCCACUCGUGGCAUUGCCUGUGUGCUCUGGACCGCUGCUCGCGCAUGGCGCCCCUGCUCAGCCGCGCCUACCUGGCCGCCUGGGCCCUGUCCAGCCUGCUCGUCUUCCUGCUCAUGGUGGCCGUCUACACCCGCAUCUACUUCUACGUGCGGCGGCGGGUGCAGCGCAUGGCAGAGCACGUCAGCUGCCACCCCCGCUACCGCGAGACCACGCUCAGCCUGGUCAAGACGGUGGUCAUCAUCCUGGGGGCGUUUGUGGUCUGCUGGACGCCUGCCCAGGUGGUGCUGCUCCUGGACGGCCUGAACUGCAAGUCCUGCGAUGUCCUGGCCGUGGAGAAGUACUUCCUGCUGCUGGCUGAGGCCAACUCGCUGGUCAACGCCGUGGUGUACUCGUGCCGGGAUGCCGAGAUGCGCCGCACCUUCCGCCGCCUGCUCUGCUGCCAGUGCCUCCGCCGGGCUGCCCACAAGCCUGCACGCUGCACACCCUCCACCCACACGGGCACCAGCGCUCGCCUCGUGCUCCCUGAGAACGGCCACCCCCUGGUGGACUCCAUCCUGUAGCCCCCCGACUGCGCAGAUCACCCCAGCCUGUGACGCACUGGAAGGCAGACGGGUGCCCCGGCCCCUGCCACCCACCCCGGAGCAGGGUUGGAGCUUGGGUUGUCACAAACACAGGAUCUGUCUGGCUUCUCAGUCAUCUCAGGUUUGGGGCUCCUGAACAGAUGUUUUACCUGGCACGUUGCUGGUAAGCCCUGGGGCCUGGCAGACGAGGGGCAGCAAGAAGGGACCACAGAUGCACUGUGUGCCUGAGGUGCGUUGUCUCGGGGCACAGGCCUGGCAGCCUUGGGGGUGCACCUGCCCCUGUGAGAGUUGAGGGGCCUCGGGUGGGGGCGUGGUACGAGGAGUGAACCCUUCUUUCUGCCCUGCGUCCCCCGAGCAUCGUGUCACCAGCUCAGUCCAGCCACCUGGUCCCUGGAGUGUCCGCUGGGGCCUGGCUGCCCCUGCCUGGCUCCUCCGUGUCUGGCCAUCCUGUGCCAGCUGUCCUGCCUCCUUGUCUUCUCUCCCACCUCUGUGGUUUGCCUCCCACCUGCCUGCCUGGCUGUCGGCCCCCACCCCCCCUCCAGGGAGGCCUCUGCCUGCUAGAGCCCUGACUCUCCCACCCGCCCUGUGUCUGAGGCGGGUGGUUUGAGGGCCUGACCCCACGCGGGAGCCACAGGCGGGGGGGUACCCGGUGUGGGAAGAGGCUCGGAGAGGGGCGUUUCCUGCGCUCCUCAGCUGUGCCUGGCACGCGGACAAGGGCAUGGCUGCGUUUUUAAUCCCCUCUUGCCCCAUAUCCACACUGGCUUUCACGUAAGGACGGCAGCUCAGAGAGGUGGAGAUCCGGCCGGGGUCACACAGCGUGGACGGUGCACCGGGGCCUCGCUGCUCCCGAGCUCAGCCGGCUCCCUCCGCCCGGCCCACGCGAGUUAGGCCCCACCGAGGGCACCCCUGCAGGCUGUGGUCCCCCCACUGGUCCCCAAGGAGAGCGCCUUCAACCGAAACCUGUGUUGCCCAAAUACACACUUCUAGGUCUUUCCCCGCCACCGACGGGCCGGCGCCGAGGAGCCCCCGCACCGGCACGUCCUUCCCGCGCUGGGCCCGGAGGGGGUGGGGAUGGG